AUGACCUCCAACGACGUCCGUGAUGUGCUAAACCUCCCGUCCGACGCCUCAGUACCGCGCCCGUCACGCAAACAGAAGCCUACGGCCCCGCGGCCGAACUUGAAGGGUCUGGCCCGUGAGGUACAGAACCUGGGCGGCGACACCCCCAUCGCCAUCGUCCCCGAAAUCUCCUUCAAGAAGCGCCGCUUCGCCAGCCGUAAGCCCGCCGCGCGAUGGGUGCUCAAGCCAUUCACCAACUCGGCUCGUAACGACGGCGGCGCCCUGGUCCUACGCCAUUGGCGAAGAAAGACGCCUCUGGACGGAGCCCCGCCGCCCGAUCAUACUCCCGAGUCCGAAUCGCUGGCUGGGGAGGGCGUUGCAGCUGCCGGAGGGACGGGUACGAAUGAGGAUGAGAAGCCGGAGGACUCGGCGUUUGCGAAGUUCAAUGUCAAGGUGCAGGUGCCGUCGUAUACGGACGAGCAUUACCAGUCGCAUUUGCAGCAUGCGGACUGGACGAAGGAGGAGACAGAUUACUUGAUGGAGCUGGCGCGGGAGUUCGACUUACGAUGGACGAUCAUCUGGGAUAGGUACGAGUUUGUACCCAAGGCGUUGAAGCAGGAGCAGGAGGGGGAAACCAACGGUGAGACGAGCACAGCCGUCGUGCCCGCACCGAGACAACGAACCAUGGAGGAACUCAAAGCCCGCUAUUAUGAGGUCGCCGCGAAAAUGAUGGCCGUCCACAAGCCGGCGCAGUACAUGACUGCGCCGGAGUUCGAGCUCUACGAGAUGAUGCAGAACUUCAAUCCCGAGCAAGAACGCCGCCGCAAGGAGUUCGCCCUCAAUACCAUGUCCCGCUCGCGGGACGAGGCUCGCGAAGAGGAAUCCCUCCUCCUCGAAAUCAAGCGCAUCCUUGCCCGCACGGAGCGCUUCAACGAGGAACGCCGCGAGCUCUACCACCGCCUCGAUUACCCCUCCACCGACGCCGACAUCAACUCCUUCAAAAGCUCCGCCGGCCUGCAGGCCUUGCUACAGAACCUCAUGUCCUCCGACAAGGCCAAGAAACGCCGCUCUAUUAUGCCGGGUGACGGCGUGAGCCCCGGUGGCGUGGUCCCUGCCAGCGCAACCUCCGAAACAGCCCCCUCCGGUCCCGGCGGCGGAGGCGGAGGCGGUCACAACCGCCGCGAGAGCAUCGCAGCCACAUCCUCCCACUCCCGGCGCGAGUCGGAAUCCACGCGCGGCGCACCCGCCACGCCGGCCGAACCCACGCCCACAUCCGCCACCGCCUCCGGCACCAACGCCAGCAACAAAAAGAAGAGCACCGCCCAGCAACCCGAACGCCGCAAGCUCUCUCCACAAGAGGAACAAAUCUACGGUGUGUCGUAUCACGACCGCUUGGGAUCGGGACCAACCUUCCGCUACGAGAAGAUCAACAAAUUGUACAGCCACAAGAGCGGGCAGCAGCAACUACGGAUUACGAAUGCCCUUGCAGAACUGGACGUGCCUGCUAGGCUGGUGAUGCCGACGGCGGCGGUAACGGCACAGUUUGAGAUCCUUUGGGGGGCGGUUACGGCCUUGGUAGAUCUGCGAAAAGUGAGUGAUAAGUUGGAUGCGGAGAUUAAGGUUGAGAUGGCGAAGAAGGCAGAAAGGGAGAGGCAGAAGGCAUUAGAGAGGGGGGAAACCGGGGAGGAUGGGGGGAAGAAAGAAGAGGGACAGGGGGAGAAGAAGAAGGAUGGGCAGGGCCAAGGUGAAGGGGAGAAGAAAGAAGGGGAGGAGAAGGACAAAACGGUGGCUAGUACAUCGGCAGCUGGAUCGGCAUCGGCACCAUCCAGUGAAGCGCCUAAUGGUGCUGGUGCUAGCGCUUCCGAAGAAUCGAAGCCUGCCGCUGGAUCUGAAGCUCAACAGCAGCAGCAGCAGCAGCAGCAGCAGCAGAAGGAGAAAGAGAAGGAGAUUAAGCAGGAGCCUGGGUCCGAUUCUGCUUCUGCUGCUACCAGUGGGAUAGAGGAGAAGCCCCAGCCUGGUAGUAGCGGAGGGACGAGUAUAGGUACAGGAGGAGGUGGUGGGGGGGGAGACGGCACAGCGCAUAAGAGGAGCGCAAGUGUGAUUAGUGCGGGGAGUGAUAAGAGUGCUAAGAGGGUUAAGAAGUGA